AGUCUGGUACUUACAUUCGCCGCGAACGGUCGGCGCGGUGAAAUAAAAAAGUAAAAAGCAGAACGCGUGUGUUUCUAACGCCGAAAAAAAAAGAAAAAUUCAUCCCGAUAAAUUCCAAAUAAUAAUUUAUGCUUUAUUUUAUUAUUACGAUUAUUAUUUUGGGUGACUAGCAGGUGAGCAAUGUGAGUGAAUAAGUGACAAAAGUGUAAAAAGUGAAGUGAAUAGAUAUAUAUUUUGAAGAGUGAAAAAACAUUAAAUCUUCAUUGUUUCCUUUAAAAGUGUUUUGGUUGUUGUAACACAAUGAAGCGGAGGCACAGAUGGCUGGAAGUCAGCAUAUUCUGUAUGAGCUUCAUAGUGUUAGCAUCAGAACUGCCUACUGCGUCAGCUGUACGAGCCACCUCGCUGAUAUUCGCGAAGACCACCACCACCACGACUGCUGCACCUGAAGAACCAUCAGGACCUGAAGAUGAUACUCAGUUAGAAACAUCAGCGGAAGGUGCCGACGCACAAAACACAACAAGUAAAUUGACUGGAAUCCCACAAAUAGACUAUAUCUACGACCCGAACUUGCCCCGAGAACUGAAUGGGUAUAACCUGACAGAGUACCCCUUCUACGAGACUGUUCCACCACCAGAGACGAUGGACUUCAAAUGUGAUGGUCUACACGAUGGGUUCUACGCGUCCGUACCACAUAAGUGUCAGGUGUACCAUCACUGCCUUUUCGGCACAAGAUACGACUUUUUAUGCGCCAACUACACGGCGUUCGAUCAGAAAACUUUCAUCUGCCACUUCGUCUCUGAAGUAGACUGCAAGAACUCACCGAAUUAUUAUAACAGGAAUGAGGCCCUGUACAAGGCGACGACGUCAGCGCCCCCUCCCCCGCCCCCCACCACCACCACCACCACGACAACUACCGCGCGCCCCCAGCGCCCGCCGCGCCGCCGUCCCGCCCACAGAUACGACUACUACGACGACGACUACUACGCCAGGGACGACUACGAUUAUGAAGAGAGACCCAGAAGAACAAGACCGCGUGCUCAAGGCAGACCUGGAAAAAGAAGGCCGCAAGAUGAUUAUGAAGAUGAUAGGUAUGAACGACGACCCAGGCCACGAGACGAAGUGGAUGAAGACUUUGAUGAGCGGCGGCCAUACGACAGGAGACCAGCUAAAAGACCCCAAUUUGAAAGAAGACCAUACGAUGAAGAUGAAGACAGAAGACCUGGCUACAGAAAUAGAAGACCAGUACGACCGCGGGACGAUGAUGAAGACCGAUACGAGGAGGAAAGGCCAAGAAACAGUCAAAGAGAUCAAAAAAGAGACGACUUGAGGCCUAGAGAAAAACGACCUAGAGAUGAAUAUAGACCUAGAGAUGAGAUCCGUCCUCGAGAUGAAGUAAGACCUAAAGAUGAUAUUCCCAUUAGGGCCGAAAUCAAACCUAGAGAUGAGGUAAGACCAAGAGAUGAAGUAAGACCAAGGGACGACAUAAGACCCAGGGAUAAUAUAAGGCCAAGAGAUGAAUUUAGACCACGGGAUGAAAUCAGACCUAGAGACGAGAUUAGACAUCGAGAUGAGAUAAGACCUAGAGAUGAGGUAAGACCAAGAGACGAAAAAAGACCUAGAGAUGAAAGAGUGAGAGAUGAAGUCAGACCCCGUGAAAGCAUUAGACCUCGAGAAGAAAGGCGACCUGCGAGAGAAGAAGAUUUACCAGAACCAAAGAGAGAAUCGAGGCCUAGAGAAGACAGUGAGGGUAGAAGGUAUCGCGAUGAAAGACCUUACCGAAAUAGAGAUGAUAGGCCUUACUUAAAACCUGAUCGAUACGAUGAUGAAAGAGUAGAGGAAAAAAGAGAAAUUCCAACGGCUCCCGAAACUCAAGGUCUCGUUAAGCCCAGUGGGCAUGGGCUUUUCAGUAAACCAAGAAUGCCUCCAAAAAUUAAAAGACCGGUACCGGUGAACGCAAAAGAAAAAUACGAAUAUGUUACAGUCGCCACUACAAAAGCACCACCUAAAAAUGAUGAUGAUUAUGAAUAUUACGAUGAUUACGAAGACGAGGAACCGAGUAGGCCAUCGUCCUCAGGUAAAACGUCAACGGUGCACCAAAGACCAAAACCGGAGCCAGUAGAAAGGGAAAAAUUUAAGCCAUCUCGACCACAUUCUCCAAGUCAAUCGACCAAUUACAAAGAAAGGAAAGUGGUUAAAAAGCCUAGUUUAGAAGACGAAUACUAUGACGACGUCCAAUACAAAAGGUCGCGUCCUCAGCAAAAAGUCGAAACCAAACCUAAAGCAGUACCGAUAGACGAUUACUACUACGAUUACGAAGAGGAAGCCCGAGAUAAAAAAGUUGUUAAAAAACAAGAAGAGGACAUAACAUCUAGGAUCAAAGACGUCAGGCCGAAAGUGAAAGUUGUUAAACGUCCUUUUUUACCGUCUAGGGGUGGUAGUCCCUACUUACCUAGGGGCUUGCAGCCUGUUAACGGCAAAGAUAUGACUGCACCUCCUAAAACCACCCCUAAACCUACUACCACUACUACAACCACCACGCCGGCUCCUACCACUACUACUAGAAGAACCACCACCACAGCACGAUUGACUACGUCAUUUACCACAGAACCUACCUUGAUACAUCAUUAUACUGCCCCAGAAGAUGAAUAUGAAUAUUACGAUGAAGAAGACAUAGAAUAUGAUACGAAACAUAAGCCAUCCCCUUUAUCUAUAUCCUCGCCAGACGAGAAGAUAGACGCAGUCGAAAUUAAAACUCAUAAAACGUAUAAUGAUGAACCAAAUGUUGACAAUCAUGAACCAGAUGCCGAUUCUCGUGAACCAGAACUAGAUUUACAUGAACCAGAAGUCGAUACCGUACAACCAGAAAUCAUAACGAAUGCACCAGAAGUUAGGCCAUACACACCUAAAAUCAAGACGCACUCUUCUGACACUAGGAGUCAUGCGAAAGAGAAAAGGAUACAUUCAUCAGAAAUAAGGACUCACCCACCAGAUUUAAAAACACACUCACCAGAAAUAAAGACGCAUUCACCAGAAAUAAAGACUCACCUACCAGAAAUAAGGACUCAUUCACCAGAAAUCAGAACACACUCACCAGAAUAUUCAUCAGAAAUAAGGACUCACUCACCAGAAAUAAGGACACACUUGCCAGAAGUAAGGCCUUACUCUCCAGAAAUAAGGACACCGUUACCCGAAAUCAAGACUUACUCACCGGAAAUUAAAACACACUCACCUAAAUUCAAAACGCAUUCCGAAGCGAUAACAGAUCCGCCAGAAAUCAGAACAAAGUUCCAAGAACUCAAAACUCACGAGCCAGAAACUGAAACACGUAAACCUGAACUGAAAACACAUACACCUGAAGUGGAAACUUACGAACCAGAAACAGAAACAGACGAUGAGCCGGAGCUUAUCGAUGAGCCGGAACCUAUAACAUCUAAACCUGAAACACAAACGCCGGAAUUAAAAACAAGCAAACCUGAAACGUCCACAUUAGCACUAACAACACCGGAAGAAAGAGCGAAGAACUUAGCAACGAAAGUUUUGAGAGUCUACAACGAUAACUACCAAUUGAUAAAAGACAAACUAAAGACGACUCUGUCCCCUGGAGCUUAUAUUAAUCCAUAUUUAGAAGCGGAAGCUUUUGCACCCAAAGAACCGGAAUAUAAAAUAACUAAUCCGCCCAUAAAACCUAAAAUCGCACCGCAUCCAGAGAUUUCUAAACCACAUACGGCAACAGGAAAACCUCCUAAAAUACCUGAUAUUAAACAGAACUUAGCUGAUUCUUUAGAAAAUGACUAUGACGUCACAUUAAAUGAAGCGAUAACCCCUAAUCUUCGUAACGUAAAUGUGAGGGUACCUAGUGGUUUUGUGAUACCCGAUAGGGAAUACACGUUUUCUAGAUUCAGAAAUAACUAUCCACAUUUCGAGCCACAAUAUGCGGCAUCAGAAUUGACAAAUUAUCAAGUAGUUAAGCGUCCCCAAGUUAGUUUAAGAACACCAAACAACUUUUAUCUACAUCCUCAGAGGGUAGCCGGUUUCCAAGACGAUGGGGUACCAAGAUACCCUAGGCAGCUCAUGUAUAGACAAGUCGUAGGAAAAUAUUUUUAA